UUAUAAAAAUUAUCAUUUACAGUAGAAAAAAAAAGACGAGUUAUAAAACAUCCUUCACACUAAACAUAAGUCAGUUAGCAAUUGUGUGAAUGACAUGUGUCUUUUUCGAUUUUUUUAUUUGUUGCUUUUUCAAAUGUAUUUUAAAUGAUUUUUUUUUAAUUUGUCACUUGGUGGAUGCCCGCGGGUUCGCGAGUUUGAAUGUUUUGUAAUAAUAUAUUUAUUAUAUUUUUUCAAAUUAAAAUAUCUUUUUAUCAUUAAAUGUUUUUGUUAAAUAUUUUUCAAAGAAUAAUUGUUUAAAAAGGAAAAAUAUGACUAAAUUAAAUAUUUUUGGGAAAAUUUUAUGUUUACAUUUUCACGGUACCAUUUUUCAUCUUUAACAUCACUAAACGGAUAUUUUCAAAAGUACAAUUUUCAUUAAAUGGUAAAAGACUCUUAUAUAUUUGUUAUCUAUAUAUAUAAUAAAUCAUUACUUAAAUAAGAAAAAUAAAUAAAUAAAUAAAUAAAAUAAAAUAAAUAAAAAAUAAAAAUAAAAUAAAUAAAAAAUAAAUUUAUGUUUUCGAAUUAUACUUUUUCAAAUUCAAAUUUUUUUAUAAUUUUGUUUUUUGAAUUUUUUUUCGAAAACUUUUUUAUUUUUAUCUUUUCAAAUUUCUUUUUGAAAAUCGAAAAUUAUGUUUGAAGCUAUUUUUAAAAUUUUUAAUAUAUUUUUAAGUAUUUAUUAAUAUAUUUAUUAGAAUCCUAAAUUUCACAUUCUAAAAGCCUUUACUCCACCCUUCAACUCUAAAUCAUAAGUCUAGAUUAGUUAACCGUAGGGGUAUAAGUGUCUUUUACCCUUCAUUAAAAGUGAGGGUAAAAGUGGUUAGUGUAAACAUGAAAAAAGUACUAUAAAUGUGCUAUUUGUGGUAAUUUCCCAAUAUUUUUUGAUAUUUUGUAUUAAUAAUUAUACUAAAAUUAGUUAUGUAUAAUAUUUAUGAUUCAGUUUUUAAUAAAAUUACUUAAUUUGUGAAAGUAUAUGAUAUUGAAAUUUUUGGAAUAUUUUAUAUAAUUUAGAAAUACCUGAUUGCUAAAAAUGAUUUUAUGAAGCAUUAUAUAUAUUAUAUAAAUCACAUAUUAAAUUACCAUAAAUUAUUUUGUGCAAUAUAUUUAGGUCGUUUGGAGCAUCUCCAUCUUCACUCCAUAAUUUACUGCAAAAUGGUGUGGAAAAUGGAGUAGUGAAGAAACAAAAAAGUGAUUACUCCAUAAAUGGAGAAAUUAUUUAUUUUUUGUUCAUACUCCAUUUCUCACUUCAUUUUUUGGAAUAAAUUAUGGAGUGGGGAUGGAGAUGCCCUAAUAAAAAUAUUUCUAGAACUAACUUUUGUACUCAUAGAAUAAAUAAAUAUUUACUUUUUAACAAAUCAAAUUAUAAUAUUUUUUCUCAAUCUCUAUAUAUGAUCAACACCUAAGAAAAAAUCAAUUAAGUGAUUUAUCAUUUAACAUAAAAUGAAAUUUAAAAAUAUAUUUUAUAAAUUAAUUUAUUAGCUUGUAUAAAUAAAUUAAAAUAUUUUAUCAUAAUUUAAAUCAUAUGAUAAGCCAAGAUAAAUAAUUUUAUAAACAUAUUUAUAAAUUCUUAUAAAUGAUUUAUAAAGCAUGUAUGAAUUUUAUUCGAUAUUUAUAGUUAUUAAUAAUACUUUAUAUACAUAAUAAGGCCAUAUAAAAUAUAAGGCUUUAUAUAAGAAUAUAAAAUCAUUAUAUCAAUUUUAAUAAACUUUUUUUUUACUAUUUUAUGUAGUUUAUAAACAUAUAAAAAUGAUCAAACAUUAUUACUUUUUCUAUAGUUUCAACAAUUAGUUACCAUAAAUAAUUAUUUGAAAUAUUAUGUAGAUUUUUGGCAAGUGUUAUUAACUGUUUAUAGACUUAUUUUUUUCUUUUAAAUCUAAUUAAAAUAAAUAAAAAUUAUAAAUUACCGACAAUCAAUUUAUAACAGUUUUUUAAGAUUUCAUAAAUGAUCGAUACAUAACCAAAAAUCUCUUAAAUGACUUCUCAACUAAUAUAUAUAAUAUGAUAUAUAGCUUUGAUUUUAAGCUCUUAUAGAUGACUUACAAAGUCUUAUAAUAAUUUAAAAUAUACAAUAAGCCAAGAUAAAUAAUUUGAUAAAAAAAUUUAUAGAUGAUUUAUAAAGCAUAUAAUAUGAACUUUAGGAGAUGAUCAUAGUUAUUAUGAUAAUUUAUAUAAAAUAUAAUUUUUUAAAUAAGAAUAUAAAAUUAUUAUAUUGAUUUAUAUAAACGGUUUGUCGUUUAUUAUUUUAUGUAUUUUUAAAUAUAAAAAUGACUAAUUUAUUUCUCUUUCUAUAAUUUCAACAAUUAGUUACCAUAAAUCAUUAUUUGUAAUAAUUUCAACAAUUGGUUACCUACGUCUGUAUUUUGAACACUUUAGUGAAUUUUGCUAACGUGUCGAUCAUAGGUGAUUAAUUGUUAAAAUUAUAUUACAUUAUAACUUUGCUUAGUUUUAAAUAAUAUUACAAAUAAUAAUUUAUGGUAACUAAUUGUUGAAAUUAUAGUUAACUUAUGGUAACUAAUUGUUGAAAUUAUAGAAAAUAAAUAAAUUGAUCAUUUUUUAUAUUUAAGAGUUACCAUAAGGUAACUAAUUUUUUUUAUUUGGCAAGUGAUAUUAAUUGGUUAUAGACUUGUCUUUUCUUUUUUAUAUCUAAUUAAAAUAAAUAAAAAUUAAAAAUCAUCGAACAAUCAAAUUAUAAUAAUUUUGUAAGAAUUCACCUAUGAUCGAUACGUAAGCAAAAAUAAUUAAAGUGACUUCUCAAUUAAUAUAUAGUAGAAUUAUUAUUUUGUUUACAACUCACAUACGAACAUUGCCGAAUUUUAUUUUCAUUGGAUUGCCGAAUUUAAGUGUGAUGUUCUUAGAAAAUCACUAAGCUUUUUUUACCAUAAAAAAAUCACUAAGCUAAAAACUUUGGUUCAUUUAUCAUAAUCUGUUUUUCCUGUUAUAGAUAUAAUAGUGUUUUACUAAGACCAUCUUUAAUGGUACAUCUCUAUUGUUUUAUAGAGUGAACUAUAGAAGCAAAUUCGAUUUUACAAUAGAAUUAUUCUAUUUUAAUGUAAAACAAGUUUUCUAAACCAAGUUACUAAAACUGAAGUUACAAAAAAAAAAAAGUUACUAAAACUGAAAAUAAUGAUAACGUAAUAAAACUAUAUUGAAAUUAUAGAAAAGUAAUAUAUAAUGUUGAAGGUCUAAAUUGUAUUAUUAUAUUUAACCAAAGAAAAAAUGAUAUCGAUGUUAUGAUUUUUGUUGUAAAUUUUACUUAAGUACUCCCUCCGUUCCUUAAAUAAGCGUUGGCAUGUCUCUCAUUUGUUUUAGAUUAUUUUAAAAGUUAAAAACUGAAACGGAGUAAUACAUCGUCUAUGUCUUGCUUUGGUCAAAUUUUAUUUUUAUAAUUUUUUUUGUCAUAAAUGAUAGAGCUAGGCAACAUAUCAGGACCCAAAGAACUGAAUCAAACCCGAUCCGAAGAGUAGUACCGAACUUAAACCAAAAUUGAUUAAUACAUGAUUGGGUAUACAAUUUAAUAUAGGAAGAACCAGAUUCAAACCCGACUCGAACAAAAUAUUUCGGGAACCAUAAAAUGCUCAAAACACCGGAAAUAUCUAAAAACUUGUUUUCCAUCAUAAUUUCCAAAUAAAUCCAGUUUUAUUUUAAUUUUAUAUAUUUACUUUUACAUUAUUUAAAUUUAUAUGUUUUAUAUUAUUUCAGUUUCGGGUUUUUAGAAUUUAAGGUACAUUUUAAUUUUUCAAUUGUUUACAUAAUUUAAAUGGAUACCCAAACCAAACCCGUAAUGUUUAGAAUAGGGUUUAAAUCUAUAAGCCUAAAAAUCUGAAAUCCGAAUAGACUCAAAUCAAAACCAAACGGAUCCUGAUUAAGAUAUAUAAGAUUAUGUGUUUUAUUUAUUUAAUAAUAAUAUAAGAUUAUAUUUUUAGUUUUUCUCCUAGAAUAUUUAAAUGUUUAUUUGGGUUUAUAUAGAAACCGUUUUUAACAAAAAUCAAUACCAAAUAUAUGCAUCUAUAUAUACCGGGUUUGCUGACAUAUUAUAUAAUAUAAACGUGUUUUAAUCAUUUUUUAAAUAAUUUAAAAUUUUGUGCUAUAAUCAUUUUUAAAUAAGAAUAUGAGGAUAUAAUUAUUUUAGAUGUUAGUGCCCAAACAUAUUCAUUCAAUAAUAAUGAACAUCAAAAAUAUUCAUACCUAUGUAUUGUUAUGAAAUCCUCGUUUAUAGUAACAACUAUAGAUUCGGUAGAAUCAGGUCAUUAAUGGCCAAAGAUAUGAUCAUUGAUUUAUUUACGGUUGGUGACAUUUAAAUAUAUUGAUUAAAUCUUUCUUUAAGCUAGAUUUUAGGUUAUUUAUUUAUUUAUACUAAUUAAUAUAGUAAUGGCAUUUCAUUGUAAAUAACUCAAAAACUAAUGGCAGAAUCCUAGUAGGGAUUCUGCUUUAAUAGUAUAGAUAUAGAGGAAAUUUUUGUGUCCCAUCGGAGAUGUUCUAAGGAAACAUAGGUCGUGCAAUUACGACGGAAGAGAGCAAGAGACGUCAAGAAAAGGGAAAAGUUGAAAGUGAUAUACGUACAGCGUUAACUGUGUGGAGAGGGGCUCAUGCAUUAAAAAAGUCCAAGUGGUAUACGUAAGCGUUAUCUGAUAAAGGGACAUGAAACAUCAAUCAUUCAUGAACUUGCCACAUAUCCUAUUUCUAUCAUCUUUGGUCAAGUAACUCGACAUAUUAGUCAAAAAAACAAAAAAAACUCGACAUAUCAAACAUUAAGACAUGUGACUUUUAGGCAAAUAAAGUCGACCUUUUUUAUGUUUUCUUUUCAAUUUAUAAUGGAGUUGAAUUUCUACAACCUGGAAGCAGAUGCGUAAUGGGAAACAAGAUCCCAGGAAAUAUAGCACCAGUCUCCUAUUCGCUAAUAUACUUGAUUUAAAAUAAAAACAAAUGAAAGAUGCCAUGGACAUAUUGACUUUUAGUCCUUCGUAUCUUUAAUUAGUCUUCACCUGUCACCGUGACCGCCAGGUAUUGUUCCAAAGUCAAUGUUUAGGGAUAUAGCCACCGAAGACGACCAGACGAAAACUCUAAAUGUACAAUUAUAUAACCAAUAUUGUAUGUGGCUGAUCACUGAUGAUAAUAUUGUAAUUUGUGAAUAACAAAGCAAGUUCACAUACAAAGAAUCGCCUUAUAUGAGAUAUGUUGAUCGUGUUCUCAGUUCUUCUCUUCUUUAUCAUCAUCACAAGCUUCUUAGCAAGUUCAACAACAUCUGUUUCACCAUCUCUCCAUUCAGAUGAGCUGAAUGCGCUAGAGAAGAUAUCUACUACACUUGGAAUCAAGGGACUGAACCUAAGUUAUGGAGACCCUUGCAGUUUAGGAACCCUGAAGAUGAUGCAAGACGUUGAUGUUAUUUCGAAUCCGGACACUGGAAACAGCACCAUUCGUUGUGAUUGUAGCUUCAACAAAAGCACCACAUGCCAUAUAACAAGCAUAGACCUCAAGACCCUUGGCCUUCCAGGGAAACUGCCACCAGAGUUUGCUGACCUUCCAUAUCUACAAUCGAUAGACUUGUGCAGAAAUUACCUUACGGGCUCAAUCCCAAUGGAGUGGGCUUCAUUGCCAUACCUCACUUCCAUGUUAGUUCCAUCUCUUUCUCUGUUGCCGAUGCAUACUAUUCAUAAUUCACCAGAGUGGCUUCUGAAAUUUUCUUGCAGCUCGCUCUGCGCGAAUAACUUGUCUGGGCCUUUACCAACUGGGUUACAGAACUUCAAGAAUCUCACAGUCUUAGGGGUCGAAGCCAAUCAGUUCUCUGGUCCAAUUCCUGAGGAGCUUGGUAACUUGAUCAAGUUAAUACGACUGCAUCUUACCUCCAAUCAAUUUACAGGAAGCUUGCCUAACUCUCUAGCUAAACUGAUGAACCUUGAGGAUUUUAGGGUAAGUGACAAUAACUUCAAUGGUACCAUCCCAGAAUAUAUCGGCAACUGGUCUCGGCUUCAAAGGCUAGGUCUACUGGCAAGCGGACUGAAAGGUCCUAUUCCUGAUGCAGUCACUCGCCUAGAAAAUCUUAUUGAUAUGAGUAUUAGUGAUACAACUGGGAUAAACUCCUUUCCAAAUAUGUCCAGCAAAGCCAUCAGGAAACUGAUUUUGAGGAAUGUGAGCUUGUCUGGUGCAAUUCCUUCUUACAUAUGGAGUUUGCCUGAGCUAAAGACUUUGGAUUUAUCGUUUAACAGCUUGACUGGCGAAGUUCGUGGAAUACAAAGUGCACCAAAAUUCACCUAUUUGACUAGAAAUAGACUUUCUGGAGAUGCUGGAUCAGGUGUUUUUCUCAAUAGCAAAUCUAAUAUUGAUAUCUCGUACAAUAAUUUCUCUUGGUCGUCUAGCUGUCAGGAAAAGAGUAACAUUAAUACAUACCAGAGCUCAUAUUUGAAGAACAACUUAACUGGGCUUCUUCCAUGUGCUGGUCCAAUCAACUGCACAAGCUAUCAGCGAACACUGCAUAUAAAUUGUGGUGGACAAAACACAGUCAUUAAAAACUCCUCUCAUAAAAUCAGCUACGAAGCUGAUGAUAGUACUGUCUAUUCCACGACAAAUCAACACUUCAAAACAUGGGGAAUUAGUAACACAGGUGUAUUUGCCGCGGAUGAACAUAGUGAGAAUGAUACAUAUAUCAUCUUAGCUAGUUCAAAACUACCUGGAGAUUCUCCUAAUCUUUAUAAGACUGCACGUAGAUCUGCUCUCUCACUUGUUUAUUAUGCGUUUUGCUUGGAAAAUGGACCCUACAAUGUGAAACUCCAUUUUAUGGAGAUUCAGUUUUCAGACGAAGAACCAUUCAGUCGUCUUGGCAGACGCAUAUUUGAUGUCUAUGUUCAGGGAGAACUGUUCUUGAAGGAUUUUAACAUCAAAGAGGAGUCUAAUGGGACUAUGACUCCUGUUGUAAAAGAAGUGAAAGCUGUAAAUGUGACCAAUCAUAUGUUAGAGAUUCAGCUGUAUUGGGCGGGGAAAGGGACAACCCUCAUACCUAAAAGAGGAAACUAUGGUCCUCUUAUCUCUGCAAUCUCCUUGUGCCACCACAGUAAGUUCUCUUUAUCAUAUUGCUUUCUUCCCACUCAAGUGGCCAUAACUUUAAAUGACACUGGUUCUUUUAAAAAUUCAGGUAUGGAGCCACAAUGUGGAGCGGAAAAAAUAAGACAUCACACUAAUUAUCCCCUAAUUUUUGGGUCAAUAGCUGCCUUGGUAACAAUUAUUCUUUUGGCUUUGGGAAUAUAUGCUUGGAGAAGAUGCAUAAGAGACAAGAAUACAAGCGAACAAGAUCUAAGAGUCGAGGGUCUGCCAACGGUUUGCUUUACUUGGAGGCAACUGCAAGCUGCAACAAACAAUUUUGAUCAAGCCAACAAACUUGGAGAAGGAGGUUUCGGAUCCGUAUUCAAAGGAGAGCUGUCAGAUGGAACUAUCAUAGCAGUGAAGCAGCUUUCUUCCAAGUCACACCAAGGAAACCGCGAGUUUGUGAAUGAGAUAGGAAUGAUCUCAGGUCUGAACCAUCCCAACCUUGUCAAGCUUUAUGGAUGUUGUGUCGAGAAGAACCAAUUGAUGCUUGUUUAUGAGUACAUGGAAAAUAACUCCCUUGCUCAUAUGCUCCAUGGAAAGAGUUCCUUGAACCUGAACUGGAGGGCAAGACAAAAAAUAUGUGUUGGAAUUGCAAGAGGGCUUGAGUUCCUUCACGAAGGAUCAAUGAUCAGAAUGGUUCACCGUGACAUAAAGACCACAAAUGUGCUUCUAGACGCUGACCUAAAUGCAAAGAUAUCUGACUUUGGAUUGGCUAGGCUACAUGAAGAAGAACAUAGCCAUAUUAGCACCAAGAUUGCAGGAACCAUCGGAUACAUGGCUCCAGAAUAUGCACUAUGGGGUCAGUUGUCAGAGAAAGCAGACGUGUACAGCUUUGGGAUUGUGGCAAUGGAGAUUGUUAGUGGACAGAGUAAUACGAAACAAAAGGGAAGUGCUGAUCACGUCUCGCUUAUCAAUUGGGCAGUGAAGCUGCAACAGAAAGGGGACAUAACGGAGAUAGUAGAUCCAGUUCUACAAGGUGAUUUCAACACCAAAGAAGCAGUAAGGAUGAUCAAAGUUGCUAUCGUUUGCACAAACUCAUCUCCUUCCUUAAGACCAACCAUGUCAGAGGUUGUGCAAAUGCUGGAAGGAGAGGUAGAAAUAACACAGGUUCUUUCAGAUCCUGGUUUAUAUGGACAUAACUGGAGCAUCUCAAACCUCAGGGACAUUGAUACAGAUGGUGGCUUGAGCACUUCUGUUGUAACCGAUCAAACGGCAACAAGAAUGAAAUCGUCGGUUUCUGGUUGUGAUCUCUACCCAUUAUACCCUGAAUCCAUGAUCUUAAACUCCACAGUGGACUUUUCUUCCUCGUCACUGUAAAGCUGUGUGCGUUGCCUUGUGUCUUACGAGAGACAAAAGGCUUGUAAGUUGUCUUAUAUUAGUAAGAUGUCUGAAACCUUACAGUAGCUUAAUUUACAUUGUACAUGAUUUUUAUGUUACAGCUAAUCUUCUUGUACAUGCUUGGUUGCUU